GUGUGCAAGUGCGUGUGCGUAGGUGUGAGACCAGGGCGCCACCCGAACAGAGAGUGUCAGAACACAAGACAGUGCAGCAACAGCAGCAGCAGCAGCAGCAGUGCGCUAGUGCAAUAGUAGUAGUAGUAGUAGUGUGUAAGUGGGUGAGUGAGUGAGUGCAAGUGAAGCAACACAACAACACAGUCGACGGCGGAUAGUAGCGGUAGCGGCAGCAUGGCAGCGCCGGGAGCGUAUCGUCAGUGCGAUCACCGAGCUUCCACGUAGCCCGAUCGUCCCGGGAGCGCCUCAUACACGUCGAAGGUGGCGGAAGAGGAGGAGGAGGAGAAGGAGAAGGGAGUAGGGGUGAGGCGAAGGCCGUUGGCCAAGACAAGGCGGUCAUGUACCGGCUACGCAACACCUUCACCCGCUCCCGGACACCAACCGGCGAGGAGCUAAAGACGCAGAGCAGCCUGGAGGUACCGAAGCAGGUCCGAUCGGCAUCAUUCGAUGAGAUACAGCUCGAAGCCCAGCGUGCCAGCCAGCUGCUGAAGGUGCAACAGCAACAGCAGCAGCAUCAGCAGUCGAUGGAUGAGCCGACGCGAGUACUGCUGCAUGUACCACAGACCACGAUACCGGGUCAGCGAUCGCGCAGUUUCGAUCUGACCGGUUCGUCCGGCGACUCGACGACCGGUGAGGGUGGGGCGCCACCAUCGGUCGCCUUCCUCGAUGUACCGCGCCGCUUCCAGCGCCGUAAAUCCAACACCAAAACACCGGCCCCGCCCGCCUGUGUUCACUGUCUGUACCUGGAAGAACAGCAGCAGCGACAGCAGCAGCAGCAGCAGCAACAGGCGCAGCAGCGCCUGCUGGGCGAAGCGGGACGACCAGAGGCACCCGGCCACACCUCGUCCUCGUCGGACGGUGACGAUCGGGAUGGGGCGUCCGGUGGCGAGGUGCCGGUGGAUGGUGCGACCGAAGAUCGGGAACGAGCGGCGAGAAUGCGAAGUGAUGCUGCAGCGGCUGAGAAGAUGCAGCAGCAGCAGCAGCAGCAUGAGGCAGAGGCCGGAGGCUACUACGGAGUGGAGGACUACGGUGGAGUGAACCGGGACGAGGACAACGAAAACGCCAACGAGGGAGGGGAGGAGGAAAACGAUGAGGAAAACGACGAGGAGGAGGAGGACGAGGUGAACGCGGCGGAAGAGGAAGAGGAGUACGAGUACGAGUACGAGGAGGCGGAAGAGGACAGGGAAGCGGAAGAAGAGGCGGAAGAGGAGGUGGAGGAAGGGGAGGAGAGCGAGCGGCAGCGGCAGCGGCAGCGACAGCGACAGCCGGUGCCAAGACCCGACGAGCCCGACGAGGACGACGAGGAGGACGAAGAGUACGACGAGGAGGAAGCUGCUGAGCAGCAGCAGCAGCGGGUGGUGGUGGUCAGCCGACGCUCCACCAGCCUAACACCGCUCGGUGACUUCUCCACCCUCUUCCAACGGAUGUCAACUCGGGGGGUGCAGCAGCAACAGCAACAACAAAAACAGAAGCAGACGACGACGGGCGCUAUAGCGCCACCGUGCGCCAUCACACUGACACUGCCCCCGCCGCCGGUGGUACAACCGACGUCGACCACCACCAGCGAGCUUGUACUGGAAGCUGGCGGCGCCCCCUCCCCCGGCAUGGCCACGCAUCUCAGUGAGAUUGUGCUCACCAUACCGGCCGCCCACCCGGACGAUCAGCAACAGAGCGGCAGUGGCGGCGGCGACGGCGGCGGUGGCGGCGCCGGUGGCGAACCAUCGGUGACGUCACCGACGGCGGACGAGCCGCACGGUAACCGGACGAGACGACGCUCGAUCUCGCGCCAGGAAGCGAUCGUUAUCGAGGCGACCGACGGCUCGGUCGAGAACGUGGCGGUGGCGGCAGAGGCGGCCGCCUCCGCCGCCGUCUCGCCACCACCACUCCAGGACACCCGGAUACCACCGCUACCACCGUCGUCGCUACCAAGCGGCAGCCAGCACCACACGGAGCACCUUCCCGCCGGCUACGCACCGGCGCAUCCCGUCGCACCGCCACCACCAUCCUCUCCACCACCGCCGCCGCCGCCAACGAUAGCAACCACGAUGAUCCUCCCGCUGACCAUUGGUCCGGGUAUGGUGGGACCGGGCGAACCGGACGACACGACCGUGCACGACAUCUACCUGCAGGUGCCGGAUCUGAAGCGCGACCGGGCCGCCUCGGUCGACUCGUGCUUCACCAAGGUCAAGAGUGCUAAGACGGAGGAGCUGCUGCCGCCGGACGGCGACCUCACGCUUCUCACCGUCGUCACCGGCAGUGGCGCGAUCCGGUCGCGCUCGGUCGACAUCGUGCUACCGACGGAGGAGCAGGCCCGCUACAAGGCACUUGCCCUCACCGACAGCGGUGGUGGUGGUGCCGGUGACGGCGGUGGUUGCGGCGGCUUAGCGGCUGCUGAUGGUGUAUUCGAGCAGCUCGUUACCGCCGCCGGUGCCAAGGGGUAUGGUGGGCCGGGCGCCGGUACUGGUGGUGAGGAGCGGCGGUAUCAGAUUCGGUGCACGCCCGACUGGACCAGCGCCGCCGUACCCGGUGACCAUCUGUGGGUACCGACGGCCGUGUCCGGCGACUGGUGCUACGUCGGUGACAACGACUGUUCGAGGAGUGGCCCACGGUUAAAGUGCGCCGGUUGCAAGAUCAUCGCGCACUGCAGCUGCCUAGCGCUGUUAGUCGAGCGAAACGCUCGCUGCAAGCCAACCUUUCGCCUGGCACGACUGGCCAGCGCAGGCCAGUCCAAACAGCAGCAGCAACAGCAGCAGCGACAACGACAGCAGCAACAACAGCACCAGCAGCAACCGCUGUUGCUGCAAACGGCGCACCACUGGGUACAUCGGCGCACCGGUAAAGGCAAAUGUGGCCAGUGCGGCAAGUCAUUGCAGGCAAAGCUGUCGUUCAGCUCGAAGGAGAUCGUAGCGUUAUCGUGUGCCUGGUGCAAAUCAUCAUAUCACAACAAGGAGGCGUGCUUCUCCGUCGAUCGAAUCAGCGAGGAGUGUUUGCUGGGUACUCAUCGGCGGAUAGUGGUACCACCGUCCUGGAUCGUGAAGCUUACCCGAAGGGGCAGCAGCAAGGUGACCGCUUCGUCGACGUCGAAGGAACGCCGAGCGGCUAAGGGAGCGGCUAAGCAGACGAGCGUGAAGAAGGCAUCCAGCGGCGGCCAAAAGCGAGCACCACCUCACCCUGCCUUCAUCGUGCGCCCUGUCCCGAGAGCCAAGCUAACGCCGGUGCUGGUGUUUAUUAAUCCCAAGUCCGGUGGAAAUCAGGGCUCGAAGUUGAUCCAAAAGUUCCAAUGGCUGCUAAACCCGAGGCAGGUGUUUGACCUUAGCCAAGGCGGUCCACGUAUGGGGUUGGAGCUGUUCCGGAAGGUGCCACAUCUGCGCGUUCUGGCCUGCGGCGGUGACGGUACCGUCGGCUGGGUGCUCUCCGUGCUCGACCAGAUCAACUUCCGGCCGGCACCGGCCGUCGGUGUGCUACCGCUCGGCACCGGCAACGACCUGGCCCGUGCGCUCGGUUGGGGCGGCGGCUACACGGACGAGCCGAUCGGUAAGGUGUUAGCCAACAUUGAGGCGUCAGAACCGGUACGGCUGGACCGCUGGAUGCUGAAGGUCGAACCGAACGUGACCAAGCUCCACACCACCACCACCACCACCACCACCGCCACCAGCACCACCACCGCAACCGCCACAACCCCUGCCGGUGAUGGCGGCAAGGACAAUCUACCGCUGAACGUCGUCAACAACUACUUCUCGCUCGGUGUCGACGCCCACAUCGCGCUCGAGUUUCACGAGGCCAGGGAAGCACACCCGGAAAAGUUCAACUCGCGGUUGCGCAACAAGAUGUUUUACGGGCAGGCGGGCGGUAAGGAUCUGCUCAAGCGCAAGUGGAAGGGGCUGGCGGAGUUCGUGACGCUCGAGUGCGACGGCAAGGACCUGACGCCGAAGCUCAAGGAGCACAAGGUGCACGCGAUCGUCUUUCUCAACAUCCCGAGCUACGGUGGCGGUACGCACCCGUGGAACAAAUCGGGCGGCCAGUUCGAGCCGGCGAUCGAUGACGGGCUGAUCGAGGUGGUCGGGUUGACGACGUACCAGCUGCCGCUGCUGCAGGCCGGCGGCCACGGUACCUGCAUCGCCCAGUGCCGGUCGGCCAAGAUUGUCACCUCGAAGAUCAUCCCGAUGCAGGUGGACGGUGAGGCGUGCAAGCUGCGACCAUCGGUGGUCGAGCUGACGCUGCUGAACCAGGCGGUGAUGCUGGCGAAGAAGAAGUCGGGCAAGGCCGCGAACCUCUCACAAGAGAAGCUGGAGACGCUGAACGUGCAGCUGCUAAGGAUCGGGAUGGCAGACUACGAGCAGCUCCACUACGACAAGGAACAACUGCGACAAUCGGCGGUCAGCCUCGGUACACUCGAGACGCGCAGCACCGAUCUGGAGCAGGUGCGGCUACUCAUCAACCGGUACUGUGGUGAGCGCUCGGACUGUCCCAAACUGUCGCCCGACUGGUGCUUCAUCGAUAGCUGCACGGCCGAGCGCUUCUUUCGGGUCGAUCGGGCCCAGGAGAAUCUGCACUGCAUCACCGACAUCGCCACCGACUGCCGGUUGUUUCUGCUCGACCAGGACGGUAGCCGGCCGCCGGCACAGCCACAGCCACAGCCACAGCCGCCACCGACGGCGGUAUCGCUUUGCAACGCGGGCUCGACGGACACGGAACCGACACCGGGCAGUAGCAGCGGCAGCGGCGGCAGUAGUGCCUCCCCGUACUACAAGUACCCCACCUUGAACCGCUCGCUGUCCGGGCCGCCAGGCUCGGAGUCGUUCAGCUUCCCCACGGUUAAGCUACUGGCACGCAAGAACUCGCAGGAGGCGGUCUGCUGUGCACACCAGAGCGAAAGCGCCGGUAGCACCCCGAGGCCACCAUCAUCCGUGCAGCUACAGCCGCCAAGGUAAAUUGCGGCAGCGGCCGCAACCCGACCGAUUCCGCAACAGUAGUAACCGUAGCCGUUACUAGCCGCCGCACUACUAAUAAACCGAGCACACCAGCCGACGCCAGACGCAACUUUACUUACUACCCCUUCUUCUAUCCGGGUGCUAGUGCUCCGACUCCCGUGUUGCUUAUCGGCAGCCAUGUGAUAUGCAGGACUCAUGAGAGAGUGGUCAGAAUCAUGCGUCGAGAGUCGACGCGUCACGGCCGCCAUUCGUACGCGUGACACUGCACUCGUACGCAUUAAUUCAUCUGACUUCCAGAUGCUGGACAAUCAGGAGGCAGGUGCAAACGUUUACUGCUGCUUAACGUUGCACGUUUGCCAUCGCAGCCAUCGUCGCCUGCGCUCCCAGGUACACAAGAGUAUACCGUGUCGCAGAAAGAGAGAGAGAGAGAGAGAGAGAGAGAAAAAAAAGGGGGAAAAGAGAAAACUGCACUGCGUGAAAGCAAAACAGGAGGGCAGAACCGUUCGUUGACGUUAACCGCAAUACCCAAUUUGUGUAUCAGCACAAUUGGCGUACCGGGCAACGGUGAGCGUGUCGAUUCCCGUACGGCGAUAUCAAUAGCCUUAGGCGAUGUGUUCAUUUUGUUCCUUUUGACGUUGACGUUGCCAUUCGCGCGAUGCUCCAGGCGACUGCCUCGGCGGCGGUGACAGCAGCAGUCGUCAAUAUGAUCUCAAUAGUAAAUGACGCCAAACAAUUGUCUAGUUGAUAGUUGUCGCCCUGCGGGAAGUGACACCUGAACCGUUUAGAGCGUGAAAAACAGAGAGAGAGAGAGAGAGAGAGAGAGAGAAAGAGAGAAAGAAAGAGAGAGAGAGAAAGAGAGAGAGAAGGAACGAAAAGAAGCAAAUUAUGAAUGGAUCAAUGAAUUCCUAAACGAAAGACUCAUCGGCACCUUCACAUGGUCACCGUUUUUAAUGAUCAAGACACCAUUUUGCAACAUACUUACGUGGAUUUUUAAACUCCCUUUUUCAUGUGAGCCUUGUCAAAAAAAAAACACACACACACACUCACCCACACACACACACCCACCUCGCAAAGUAGCGCUAUAUAUGGGCACCUAACCUAUCCUCAAGUGUAUCAGUCACCGGCACACACUCAUAUACACACGCUUACAAAGCCAAAACGAAUAGAAUUAAGCCAGAACAAUGACUACAAUGAUAUUUUUUAGCACUGGCAAGCAACGAGCAAUCAAACUAGGAAAGGCUCUUGUACAACUAUAACUAUAACAGCAACAGCUGCUUCUUGUUGUUGCUCCAGCUGCUGCUGCUGCUGUUACUACUACUAGUACUGCAACCACUGCUGCUGCUACUACUACAACUACUACUACUAGUUCCACCAAUAACGCUAGCGAAUCGUAUUGGUGCUCCAACAGGACCAGAGCCUACCGUGUUCACACACUAGUCUAGUCUUCGGGAACCGGGCCGGAUCGCAUCGAGCACUGCUAAUUCACCAGACUAAAUACGCACACAGGAAUUCCAAAAGGGCUCGCGAAAGAGAAAGAGAGAGAGAGAAAGAGAGAGAGAGAAAGAGAGAAAGAGAGAAAGUGCUUAUAGCAAACCUCCCAUCACACCCAUCCUACUGAGGCGCACGAACACAACCUUCAUUUUUGAAUCUAGUGUGCACGUUUGUGUGAAUGCAUGUGAGUGUGUGUGCGUGUGUGUGUGCGUGUGUGCGUAUCUAGUAGCUGAAGAUGGCCAGGAGUCACUGACCGAUGGACCACUUCCGUAUGCCUAGAGGGUGUGCGGCCUAGGGGUAGGGCCCGUGCCCCUCCAUCCCGUGUUCCUAUCAAUGGCGCAUAAUAGCGUAAUGCUUGUUAAAUGCACGGCAAGAACAGACUAACUAGUAGGUGGUCUGUUCACGUAGCGUAGCGUGUAGCUCACUGCGUAGCGUGCGCAGCUGACAGCAGAGACAUGAACCGGACCGUGCCGCAAAAGGCAAUCUUCUCGACGAGGCAGCCCGGCUGAAGCAAAUCCUUGCCAAUGGUUUUGGAACGGACACUGGAGACACGUGAAUGCUGCACCUGGUGACCAAAGGUAACCACUACGAGCUUAACGUUUGGACAAAUCACUAAGAUUAGCUGACUAGUAAUUAGUGAGGGCGGACGAGUGUGGGUGUCUGUGCACACCGGCACGAAAAAAACAACAACACUGCUGUAAACUGCUGCUACUGACGAUGAUGAUCAUGAUGCUGGUGGCGGCAAAUGGGGAUCGAGACAGGGUAGACGAUAUUGAACCAAAACGAAAACGGGCGCCCUCGACUGCACACACAAAUGCACCACUCCCGGUUGGUUUACCGUGGCCCGUGUUUAUGAUGGAUUUGAAUAAGAAUGUGGAGCUCUCUGGAUUUGCUUUCCCUACUGCCCGCCGAGAACACGACAAUCCUACUCGUUGUUCCACAAAAGAUUGCUCGGAAUUAAGGGAAUGCGCGAAAUAUGCGCAUAAUGUAACGCAUAUCUACUUCAAUGAUCGCGCAGCGUUCGCGCAACAUUAAUUGCCAGACAAUGCAACGGAACGCAUACAGCAGCGAAAUAACGAAGAACGGAAAAGGAUUCCGUAACGAAUAUGACGCAUCACAGGGCAAGCGAAAGCGAGGGAAAAGUAAAAGCACAACGGAAAUGAUCGGUGGCUCAACUAAAACAAAGCGGGAUAAAAACCAGUUGUAAAGAUUGCAACAAUAAACAAACAAACAAGGAAGGAUAGGAAAGGAAAUGGCUAGUAGGUUCGAAAACAAGGAGCGAAGAAAAGUAGAGCAGACAAGCUCUAGCGAAACAAUUCCUGUGGUCUUCAGCGUACAACGAUUGUUAAUAACUUUAUGGCGUGCCAGAGCGGGAAGUAAGAAUCAAAAAAGACACACACACAAUGAAGAUUGCAAACUAUUUGCAAUGGGGCGCAAAGAAAAAAAAUAUCUUUUUCUCUGUCUUUUUUUAUAACUGUGACAAAAUAUAAACAGCGGACCAAGUGAAGGGUACUUUUAUGAAGCAGUGAACAGACAAAAAAAAACAAACAAACAAACAAACAAAACCAGUAGAUAGCAUGUGUUUGAUGUUUUCGAAGAACCAAAUGAAACCAAAAGGGCCAAAAGCCCAAAACAAUGUGUAAAGCAAAUCGAUAAUCAAUCGAUCGAAUCGAUAACGGUAGCAACGGUAGCAACACGGAAAAAAACAUCAAGAAAGAGAGAGAGAAAGGAAGAGCAAAUCAAGAUGAAAGCAAACAGGUGUACAGUGCGCAGCUACCAUAUUCUCCGCAGCUCAACAGCUCUUAUGUCUACACUUAUACUUCUACUGCAGUGUCUGAGUAAGAUAAGAAUUGCACCUAGUGGAAUUAAAACACUUUUACUCAAAAUAUCACCAACCACACUCACACACCAUUCCUAAAUUAGCUCAAUCGGCACCAAAAAAAAAAGGAAGCGUUUGGAAGGUGGGUGGUAACGCGAACGAUGGUUAUUACGCAUGGACUAGCAUAGCUAAUAUCACUGACUAGGUCAGGUCAAACUAGGGGAAAAGUAGGAACAUUUAAAAGAAUGGAUGGAUUGGGGUGCAGGGGGAGUAGAAUUGUUACGAAUUUUGUUCCCGAAACGCUAUUUUACCACACGCAAUACGGUUUUCGGCACUUUAAUCAUCGAACAGUUUAACAACUAAUUUAGGAAAACAAAAGUAAACGAAGCCAGAGGCAGAGAGAAAGAGAGAGAGAGAGAGAGAGAGAGAGAGAGAGAGAGAGAGAAUAAGAAGAAAAAGAGAAAAAGGAAUUAGUGUGAAAUUAAAACAAAAAAUAACAACAACCAAAAAACAACUAGAAAAACGAAGUCGAAACGAACUAUCUUUACCAACCUCUAGGUUUGUGCGUGUAUGCGUAUGUAUGUGUGAAUGCGCGCGCGCGUGUGUGUGCGUGUAUGUGCGUGUCUUUUCACUACCUAAUUGGUUUUUCCCCCCUUUUUGUAAUCGGUAUUUCUGAGCAUUUUUUCCCCGUUUGCAUCCACGGCACACGGCAGUCGGGAUAGUCGGGAGUCAUAUUGAGGUGCCGAGGACGCAUGACGAGGCGAACGAAAUCUGCUGCGACUUUAGUACUUCGCACUGAAGAACCGAUUCAUAGGCGCAGAGGCGGUAAAAACAGGAAAAAUGAUAGUACGAAAAUGUGCUUUAUAUAGUCAAUGCCUACCUGAAUGGACAGAUGGAUUUAUUUUUUUCUCAAAAUGACCGAAUCGAAGAGCAACGAUGGCAGGCCCGGGCAGCACGCCUUGGGAGGGUGGAGACUGAAGGGCAACCGACAGGAGAGGGCCAACUGUUUGUGCUCACUUUAGCCGAAACGGAACAACAAUGACGAAGUAGAAGAAGACGAAAUAGAGGAAUAAAUACAAGGAACAAACAGUGUAGUUUAUCGAAAUAUCCUCCUAAGUGGUCUUUAGGAAGCACCAAGUAGGACGAAGGGCGUAGUGGGCGUGUUGAACUUGAGAGGCAGCGAUAAAGGAUUACUGAAAGCAGACACAAACAUUCAUACACACACAUACAUAGACACACAAAUGGGUGGCAGAAAGCGAAAGUGAAAGAGACAAGAGAGAGAGAGAGAGAGAGAGAGAGAGAGAAUGAGCGCGCAUACCAGCUUCACAAUUCCCUUGUCUUGUACUUUUGCAACAGCAGAGCACAUCGCGUACUUGUCGCCUAGGAUUUUUUUUAGACACCAUCGCGUGCUUAGCGUUAGCCCAAUAGGAAUGAAACCAACGACGUCACCACUAGCCGGCCGGGGUGCUGUAAACCUGGUCGCAAUCUCGCAUCUCACAUCUUUUUAUCCGGUGUCGGUGUAGCAACCUAGUGCAACUAAGCGACAAGCACAACAACACCUGAAUGGUAGCCCCUGAGCUAUACGAUCCAAGUAACGACUGUAGUUCCUUAAACCCCGAAGCCUUGGCUCAUCCUGCUCGUCGCACCUUUCUCCUCAACCACCCUCACUCCCUUCACUCCUACCAAACACCAGACAGCAGCAGAGCAUAACAGAGGAAGGAUACAGCCUCCUUUUUCAAACAACUAGAGCACACAAGCACGAACUAGGAAACCUAAAGUAAUAAUAAUACUAAUAUUAAUGAUAAUAAUGAUAAAACUAAUAAUAAUAAUAAUAAUAAUAAUAAUAAUAAUAACAUUAAAACCCAGAAACCAAAAUUCUAUGAAUUUCGUAAUAUCAUGUUUUUCUUAUUUAGAUGAUAUUUCAGCUCCAUAAAGGCGUGUAAAGGUAUACAGCUCCGUAACAUAAUAUUGUCCACGGAUGUGAAAUUGAGAUAAGGAGCAGCAGAACAAAACUAAGCGAUAAAACAGGAACACCCAAAAAAAACGCGAUGGAAACGAAACUAAUGUAAUGUAAACAGAACAAGGCAUAUUACUUACCUUAAAAAUGUAUAAGAACCAAUCCUUUUACAAUCACAUACACAUAUUUGCAACCUGAAACACCUUAAAACCAGUCUUGGAGCCUUACGAAGCAUAUAUUUGGAAAGAAAUGUUUCAUCAAACAAAAAAAAACCAAAAAAUUUAGCAAAGUAUGUGCCGCGAGGACCAUCGAAGAAGUUAGUAUAAUAAAAAACGAAACCCCGAAUUACAGGGUGGGGAGCGUCGAGGGAACGUUGGGAAUCGAAAAGUGAAGCAACGAUCGGAUCGUGCUGGAAGAAGGAAGAAUGUAAUCAUCAUUAUCAAAUGAAUGAAAACUACCACUGUAGUAUCGCGCCGCGACCACACUAUAAUUAAUUAUUAGCACAAUGUACCGUAGCUUCAUCACAAUAUAUUGGGCUAGACCUAUCAGCAUCUUUAUUACGGCUCUCCGAUAGGUUUUGAACCGGUACAGUGGAAAUGUAAAUUUUUAGUUGGCUUUCUUACACCAUUGACAAAAUGUAUGCAACUGGGUCUAUUAUUAUUUAACAGACCCGCAAUUGUUCUGGCGACGGGUCUAUUAAGCGUUAAUAGACCCGGUUGCAUACCUUUUAGUAAAUGGGGUAUUUUUUCCACAUGUAUGCAUAUAUAUUAUACGCUAAUAAUAUUGCGAUAGGGCAUGGAAAGCAGGUACGCACAGCUAUUGUGUAUAUGUAUUUUUGUAAUUGUUUUUGGAAAUAGAGAUAUCUCUCGUUCAGUUUAAGUUCUCACCAUAUUCAUUAACCAACAGAAAAAAACUGGCCGUAUGGACGCUAGUCCAAUAUUAUUCGCUAAUUUGAUACCUGAUAAUUAUUACAGUGUGAACGUGCAGGUCAGAGCACACACACACACACACCACACUGAGGAAUACGAGCACCAAGCUGUAUGAACAGGGGGAAACAUCCCAUUUUGAGUUCACCAUCGCAGCGAAUCGUUCAUCUUGAAGUGGACGGAAAGAGUAAAGUAAGAUAGCGAAAAAAAACUAGAUGGGUUAUCAAAAACUAGCGGAAAAAAACACAAAAAGGGAAGAAGAAAGCAACUGCAAAACAUAAAGACUAUCUAUUUACAUACUCAUUCGAUGUAGACAACACGAAAUCACGACAACCAAACGCUCAAGAUCUAAUUGCAUUUAGAAUAACAACUCCAUUCCAAACUAGAAUGCGAUCAGAAAAGAAGGACGGAGAAAGCAAGAAAGAAAGCGCUGAGAGAUGAAUAGAGGAAGAAAGAGAGAGAGAGAGAGAGAGAGAGAGAGAGAGAGAGAGAGAGAGAGAGGAAAUUUAAAAAAAAGCCCCAAGUGUCUAUUCCAUUAAGCUAGCGAAUGUUUUGCAAGUAAGUUUUCAUCCUUUCACUAGGUGAAUUCAUAACCCAGCUGUGCCCUUCAAACUACACCUUCCCUCUCCUCACUCUUCUUCUCUGACUCCUCAUCUAAUUUGUCCCAUUGUCCAGCAUUAGUACCUGCUACCCUGGGAAUGUGACCAGCGCGCAACCUAGGUCUUUAGGCAUUUUUGACACACAUAGACACACGUACAAACACACACACACACACACAUACGCUUGCGCGCACAUACACAUUGGCUGGCUUAAGCCCGAAGCACCAACGGUUCAUUACUACUAUAUGUAUCACAAAGCUGCACCCACUAGUGACGAAAGCGGGAGAGAAUAAGAGAAAAAUAGGAAAAGAGAACAAGAGCGAAAGAGAGAGAAAGAGAGAAAGAGAGGGAGAGAGAGAGAAAGAGAAAGACAGAACGAAAGAGAAAAUAACAAAAACCAGAAAAACAUAAACGUUAUGCGCAACGAAAUAAUGCAACACAACAAUACUACGGAAAGCUAAAGGUGUUAAAGCACGAAACAAAUCAAGCCAAUAGGUAAAACAGUGAGGAGAGUGGCGUGCUGGGGUCCCUGGGGAGCGGGACUGGUUGGAAUUGUAUUGAAUUGUAAUUCAUAAAAAAAAAACUCUGAAUCACCACAUGGGAGCUCCGAACCCCGCUCCCUCUAGGCAGCGCACCGUGUACUAUAUAUAUUUAUGGUCGACCACCUUUCAUUCCCUUCCCCCUCCCCCUCCCCCUCCCCCUCCCAUCCUCUCUCCCUCCACUUUGCAGAGGAUGCGUUUGCUAUCGUAGGCCAAAUUGCAUUGCACAGCAGCAGCAGCAGUACUGCUUCGCGUUACUGCUGCAGACGAUGAUAUUGGUGGAACGACGUAUCGAAAGGGAGCAACUGGUUCUGAGGAGUAGAACGCGAAACGCGAAAGUGGGAAAGUGGGAAGGGGAGAUUAGGUAACGUUCUACGAACGAACACAGAAAUGUCACACGAAAAAGAACCAAAAAGCGAAACAAAAAAACACACACACACACACCUUCAAAACCAAAACCCCAAAAAAACUCUAUCGUCCGCACCAACCUAUCGGUUAUUAGAAACGGGAUACCACAACAACAACAACAACAAACACACACACACAUACACACACACAACAACAACCUUGUCCAUUUGUGCAUUGUACAAUUUACUAAUG